AUCUUUUUUUUGUUUCCUUUCCUUAGGUCAUCACCAAAGACAUUACUGACCAUAGGGCAGCUGUAGAAGACGCAGUAGAAACUGGGAAAUCUCUCCUGACACAAGCUACAGGAGAUGAUGUCCAUGUCAUUCAAGAGAGACUUGACAUCCUGGAGGACCGAUAUGCCAACAUCUCCUCCACGGCCAAUGGCAGGCAGCAGAGAUUGCAGCAAGCUCUCCCACUGGCCAGGAAGUUUAAAGAUGCCACUGAGAAGCUGUCUGAUUGGCUGGACAAGGUUGAGGCUGAUAUGGGUACAGCUGAGGUUGCUGCUGGUUCUGAACAAGAGCUGGAGAGAUUCAGGGUCAUCACCAAAGACAUUACUGACCAUAGGGCAGCUGUAGAAGACGCAGUAGAAACUGGGAACUCUCUCCUGACACAAGCUACAGGAGAUGAUGUCCAUGUCAUUCAAGAGAGACUUGGCAUCCUGGAGGACCGAUAUGCCAACAUCUCCUCCACGGCCAAUGGCAGGCAGCAGAGAUUGCAGCAAGCUCUCCCACUGGCCAGGAAGUUUAAAGAUGCCACUGAGAAGCUGUCUGAUUGGCUGGACAAGGUUGAGGCUGAUAUGGGUACAGCUGAGGUUGCUGCUGGUUCUGAACAAGAGCAGGAGAUAUUCAGGGAAUACAAGAAGCAGGUUGAUGGACACAAGCACCUGGUGGCGAACAUGAACGAGGCUGGAGCCAAAGUGAUGGAGUUGAGUCCCGGGGAAGGGACACGUUCCGUGGAACACAAGAUAGCAAACAUCAACCAGCGAUAUGACUCAGUGAUUGCUGCUGUUCAGCACAGGUUAGAGGUGAUUCAAGCCCAUUGUGCAGACAUCAAGGAUACAACCAACAGGAUGGACAGUGAACUGUCUGCUACACAGGCCAGACUGGAUGCUUUGGAAUUAGAGGAGGAUCAGCAUGCACACAUCGAGCCUUUGCAGACACAGGUGGACACCAGUGGUCUGAUGGCUGAUCUGGAAGCAGUGAAUGAUAGAUGGAACAGCCUAGCAUCAAAGGUGUCUGAGUGGGAGGCUAAGAUGGAGACCUUAUCUGAGUGGCUGUCUGACACAGAAGAACUUGUGACCAACCAGAGACCACCAUCUUCUCAGUUGAAGAUCAUUGAGGCACAACUUCAGGAGCAGAAGCUGCUUAAGAGGCUAGUGGAUGACAAGAAGCCGACGGUCGACUCCCUGAAGCAGGAGGCAAAGCAGCUGUCCAGUAUCGCAGACCCUGGAGACCGCAGGAACAUUCAGCAGCAGCUAACGGACCUGUUCCAGCGCUGGGACGCUCUCACCAUCAACACUGCAGACAGAAAACAGAAACUUGAAGACAUCUUGGAGGCUGCCAAGGAUUUCAAGGAUGCAUUUGACCCCCUGGUGGAGUGGGUUGAGGCCACAGAGAGGAAACUGUCAUCUCAGCAGCCAAUCACCACAGACCCUGCCAAGAUGGAGGCAGACACAACAGAGCAUCAGGUCAUCACCAAAGACAUUACUGACCAUAGGGCAGCUGUAGAAGACGCAGUAGAAACUGGGAAAUCUCUCCUGACACAAGCUACAGGAGAUGAUGUCCAUGUCAUUCAAGAGAGACUUGACAUCCUGGAGGACCGAUAUGCCAACAUCUCCUCCACGGCCAAUGGCAGGCAGCAGAGAUUGCAGCAAGCUCUCCCACUGGCCAGGAAGUUUAAAGAUGCCACUGAGAAGCUGUCUGAUUGGCUGGACAAGGUUGAGGCUGAUAUGGCUACUGCUGAGGAUGCUGCUAUGUCUGAACAAGAGCAGGAGAUAUUCAGGGAAUACAAGAAGCAGGUUGAUGAACACAAGCACCUGGUGGCGAACAUGAACGAGGCUGGAGCCAAAGUGAUGGAGUUGAGUCCCGGGGAAGGGGCACGUUCCGUGGAACACAAGAUAGCAAACAUCAACCAGCGAUAUGACUCAGUGAUUGCUGCUUUGUCUGGCAAGAAUGAGGAUUCUCUGAAUGUGUCAGCCGAGCAAGAGGAAGAGGGCCUCCCACAGACACAAGCACAGCAGCUUCAGGAAGUGAUAGCGCAGCUAAGACGGGAAGUCGAAGACUUACGGAGGCUGCCCGAGUUGCCCAGAAAGCUGGAGGACAUGAGUCAGGAUGAAAUGAGGACAUACGUUGGGAUACUGGUCCGAAAUGUGUUGAGAAGACCCUUUAAAUGGAAAGAAGAGGAAAAACCGCCUUUCUGGCCAUGUGAUAUUCCAUUUUCGUCAAGGAGACCAUCGGGUAAUACAACGAAUUGGAGUGAUAAAAUGCGGAUUGUGAUCAAAGCGGCGUUUACUUACUACGACCAGAAACCAGUCAUUACAAGAGGUAUGAAUAAUUGAAUUGACACAGUGAGAAAGUAUUUCCAAGACUUUCGUUUGAAUCGUGGAUUAAAUGUGCUACAUCCACUGUAUAAACGUGAUGUUAGCUAUGGGUCAGAUGUGCCAGGAAGUUAAUAAAUUCCACUGUCUCUGUAAGUCAUGGCUGGAGUGCCCUGAUGUAUAUGGCCUAUGUUAUACAUGUACCUCACUAUUCUGAUUUUGUCCAGUGAAAUGGUAGCCUGGGUACCAUCCGGAUAGUAGUUCACUCUUAUGUUCGCUUCUGCUAUCAGUGAAGCGACUGUAUAUAGUGUAUUAUGAAUGUCAGAGCUAGAAGCGACUGUAUAUGGUAUAUAAUGAACGUCGGAGCGAACUACUUUCCGGAUGGUACCCAGGCUAGUGAAAUGGUAAUUGGCCCUGGGAGUGAUUCCCCAUGGCCCAUGUUCUGUAUAGUGAUUGGUCAUUAAUGAUGUUGAAGAAGCCGGUCAGUGGUCAUUGUGGUUAGUGUCGGAAGAAAGUUAACUUAAAGCAUUGUACUAUAGUUAUUACCAACACAGAUGAGUUUCCAUGACAAAUGUUAAAAUGUUUGUUUCAACUUGCUCACUGUAUGACGAGUUUAUCAACAGUUCUUGAAUCUUUUAUAGAAUUGCGUAAAUGGCAGAUUGUUAAACCUAUAAUGUAGACCAUUUGUGAAAAGCAAUGUCUUGAUUGUUUGCUGUCUUAAGUCAGGUUUUUCUCUUUUGCAUGCAUUUCUUGGAUGUUUCUUAACUUAAAGAUCAUUAAGAUCCUUGUGGUCGAAUGCUGGGAGAUCUGACCAGUCUAUAAGAGGUCACUAAUGAAUUAUGUAUUUCUACAGUUUCAAAUUGACGAAAUAAAGGCAGUGUGAUUUACACGA